AUGAUGACGCCUAUGCGCUAUGUAAUGCUGGUGUUGGCCAUCAUCAUCAGUCUUCACUUUAUGCUGAGUUUCUCGCAUGAAGAGUACAGCAAGGCGACGUCCUUCUCGCGUCUGACGGACCAGCUCAAGGGUUAUACACCUCCAGAAGACUACUCACCGUCAGUGCAUUACUACGAAGACACCCCCCUAGCCAACAACACGCGGAGAGCGAAUGCAACGUUUGUUCUUCUCGCGAGGAACAGCGACCUCAAUGGUAUUGCUGGAAGCAUGAAGCAGAUGGAGGAUCGCUUCAACAAGCAUUACAACUACCCUUACGUGUUUCUCAACGAGGAGCCGUUCAGCGACGACUUCAAGAACCUCGUCUCGGGACUGACCAACGCAAAGGUCGAGUUUGGACUGAUCCCCCGUGAUCAUUGGUACCAGCCGGAUUCGAUUGACGAGAAGAAGGCAGAGGCUGCCCGCAAUGAGAUGCAGAGGAACCAAGUCAUAUAUGGAGGCUUCUUCUACAGGCACGAAUUGCUUGCCAAGUACAAGUAUUAUUGGAGAAUCGAACCUGAUGUUACUUUCUUCUGCGACUUGCAUUCUGACCCAUUCUUGGUCAUGCAAGACCAGAACAAAGUGUAUGGCUUUACCGUAUCUCUCUACGAGUACCAAGCAACCAUUCCGACACUUUGGGAUACAGUGAAAGAAUUUAUUCACGAGCACCCCGACCUUGUGACACCUGGGAACGCUAUGGCAUUCCUGUCUGACGACAGCGGGGAGAGUUACAACAACUGCCACUUUUGGAGCAACUUUGAAAUCGGUGAUCUCGACUUCUGGCGCGGCGAGGCAUACAGCAAGUUCUUCGACUUCUUAGACUCGAAGGGUGGUUUCUACUAUGAGCGCUGGGGUGAUGCCCCGGUCCAUAGUAUCGGUGCCGCUCUAUUCGCAAAGAAAGAGCAAAUCCACUUCUUCAAGGAGAUCGGAUACCGCCACAACCCGUUCCAGCACUGCCCACAGGGCGACCUGCAUUCGCAAGGAAAGUGCUGGUGCAAUCCGAAGGAGAACUUCGAUUACGAGUGGUACAGCUGCACAAAGCGAUAUGAAGCCCUGUUCUGA